AUGCUCCCCAGCGCCGUGGCGGCCCACGCCGGCGCCUACUGGGACGUGGUGGCCUCCUCCGCGCUCCUGAACCUCCCCGCAGCGCCGGGCUUUGGCAACCUGGGCAAGAGUUUCCUGAUCGAGAACUUGCUGCGGGCCGGAGGCGCCCCGCCGCCCGGGCUGCAGUCACCUCCGCCCCACGGCCCGGCGGCCGCACUAGCCACCGCCACCGCCACCGCCGUCGCCGGCGCGCAGGUCCGGCCCCUGCCUGCCAGCCCAGUACCUCUCAAGCUGUGCCCCGCGGCCGAACAAGUCAGCCCCGCCGGGGCGCCCUACGGCACGCGGUGGGCUUUUCAAGUGUUCAGCCCCUCGGCGGACGGAGUAAGGCUGCCGGGCCAGGCUCCGGGGAACCGGGACUGUACCUUCCAUCCUUCAGCCCCAGCACCUUCCAAACCCUUUUUUCUGAGCGCCCCGCCAUUCUACUCGGCGUGCUGCGGUGGGUCCUGUCGGCGCCCUGCAUCCCCCACUGCUUUUCCAAGAGAAGAGAGUGUGCUGCCUCUCCUGACCCAGGACUCUAAUUCCAAAACCCGGAGGGGUAUUUUAAGAAGAGCUGUCUUUUCUGAGGACCAGAGAAAGGCUCUGGAGAAGAUGUUUCAGAAGCAGAAAUAUAUCAGCAAAACAGACAGAAAGAAACUUGCCAUCAACUUGGGACUAAAGGAAUCGCAGGUGAAAAUCUGGUUUCAGAACAGAAGGAUGAAAUGGCGGAAUUCCAAAGAAAAGGAAGUGCUUUCCAACAGGUGUAUCCAAGAAGUAGGCCUCCAAGAGGAUCCCCUCUCGAGAUCUGCUCUGGGUUUCCCGUCUGCGUGUCCUUCACUCUGGGAAGUCUCCCAACAGCACUCGAGUCCAAGAUGGAGGGAGAAUUCGCCAGAACCUUCAGAAAGACUAAUCCAAGAGAGUUCAGGGGCACUGGCCCCAGAAGCAAAUUCACUGGAAGCUGCCUUCUAUUUGUGUUCUGAAGAAGAAGCUGGAGACAAGGCUGUACUUCCUGGGGCCUGCUGA